CCUUUUGAUUUUUCUAAACUUUUUCUGUUCUUUUCAGCUGUAGUCAACUAUGGCCAGCAAAUUCCUCCUCAGCAAAUCCCUGCCAGUAGCGCAUGUGAAGGAGACAGUUGUUAUGCAGGUGACUUGCUUAUAGGUCGUGAAGACAAACUCUAUGCCUCUUCAACUUGUGGUCUGAAUGGGGCAGAACCAUUUUACAUUGUCAGCCAUCUUGAAAAUCGAAAUCGUGAGAUCUUUUACUGCGACUCAAGGACACCAUGGCAACAAGGUGUCAACGAGCUCAACCACGAAAUCAAGCAUGUGGUAACAUCCAUGGACAACUCACAGAAGAAACAAAGGUGGUGGCAAUCAGAGAAUGGCUUAGAACAGGUCUACAUCCAGUUUGACCUUGAAGCAGUCUUCCAUUUCACCCAUCUCAUCAUGACCUUCAAGUCAUUUAGACCAAGGGCCAUGAUCAUAGAGAGAUCUUCAGAUUUUGGACAUACAUGGAAGCCAUAUAGGUACUUUGCCUAUGAUUGUGAAGGAAGUUUUCCUGAAGUGUCUAGAGCACCCAUCCGGAAUAUCAGCCAGGUGAUCUGUGAGAGCAGAUACUCAGCAGUUGAACCCUCGACUGGGGGGGAGGUGAUUUUCCGUGUGCUACCACCCAAUAUCCCCAUUGAAGAUCCUUACAGCAGAGAAGUACAGGAUAUGAUUAAGGUGACCAAUCUCAGAAUCAACAUCACUGAGCUUCAUUUUCUUGGAGAUCACCUCUUUGAUGAUGGUGAUGAAGUCUUCAACAAGUACUAUUAUGCCUUGUAUGAGAUGGUUGUAAGAGGUAGCUGUCACUGUUUCAACCAUGCCUCUAGCUGUCAACCAGCAGAUGGUAUGGAGAGUAAACUACAGAUGGAAGUGAAUGGGCAGUGUGAAUGUAUUCAUAAUACAGAAGGAAAGAACUGUGAGAGAUGUAAGCCUGAAUACAAUGACCAACCAUGGAGACCUGCUGGAUUACAAGGCGAAAAUAAUGAGUGCAAGAGAUGUAACUGCAAUGACCAUGCAAACAGCUGUCAUUUUGAUGAAGCAGUAUACCAGCUGACUAAUGGUGCGAGUGGUGGUGUAUGUGAUAAUUGCCUGCACAAUACCGUUGGUCGCAACUGUGAACAAUGCAAGCCGUUCUUCUACAUGCAUCCUGAUCGUGACAUCAGGGAUCCUAACAUCUGUGUUCCAUGUAACUGUGAUCCUGCUGGUUCUGAGAAUGGGGGUGAGUGUGCUAGCCACACCCAAGGUGACAUGGUAGCUGGGAUGUGCCUGUGUAAACGCUAUGUGACUGGUCAACGAUGUGAUACCUGUCAGGAUGGAUACUGGGAACUUAGGGAAGAUAAUCCAGAAGGUUGCAGAGAAUGUGCCUGUAACCUUCUUGGAUCUGAGAAUAACAUGGGAUGUGAUAAGACUACUGGUAACUGCAGAUGUAAGAGAUACGUCACUGGCCAGAAUUGUGACAGGUGCUAUGAAGGAUAUUAUGGCCUGAGUGCCGAUCUUUAUGGAUGUAAACAAUGUGAGUGUGACCCAGGCGGUUCGUACAACAACUCGUGCAACCAGGUUUCAGGACAAUGUCCAUGCCGACGUAACAUUGGAGAACGACAAUGCAAUACUGUCAACUCAGGCUAUUUUUAUUACAACAUGGAUUAUUACACAUAUGAAGCGGAGUAUGCACGAGCUGUCGCCGAUCUUUCCUUGGUUGACUAUUAUCCCCGUAUGAGAGAAGUUGAUUACAUUGGAUGGACUGGUCCUGGGUUUAUGAGGAUACAUGAAGGAGGUGGUAUUGAGUUUACUGUUAGUAAUCUUCCAAUGUCUGGUGAUUAUGAUCUUAUCCUCAGAUAUGAACCAUUGCUUCCUGGAGUUUGGGAAGAUGUAAGGAUCACUAUUAAUCGUCCUGGUGAGAUCCCAACACAGAGCGUAUGUGGUAAUACUAUUCCUCAAGAUGACCUUCUUGUUACAUCCUUGCCAUCAGGAAGCAGACAUGUUGUCUUGAGUAAUCCAGUGUGUCUUGAGACUGGGAAGACAUAUACUAUCCGAGUAGACUUCACACGAUACAGCUCUGAUAACCAGGACAGCAAUGCACAAAUUCUACUUGACUCAUUGGUUGUGAUGCCAAGGGCUACCAUCUAUCCCAUCUUCCAAGGACCAGAUCCAAUUGAGCAAUACCGUCGUGAGCAAUGGGAAUAUUAUCGUUGUGGAGAAGCUCACAUGGCUGCUCACCAUGCAACUCUAUCUGAUAUCUGUAAAGAGCUCAUGUUCAGCAUGUCUGCACUUGCCUUUGAUGGUGCACUUCCUUGCCAAUGUGAUCCAGCUGGCUCACUGAGCAACAUAUGUGAUGAGACUGGUGGACAAUGUCAGUGUAAACCCAAUGUGAUUGGCCGUACAUGCAAUCAGUGUGCUCCUGGAACAUAUGGCUUUGGGCCUGAAGGAUGUACUCCUUGUAACUGUGAUGGAACUGGUUCAUUGAAUGAGUUCUGUAAUCAGCUAACAGGUCAGUGCCCCUGCAGACCCAAUACAUAUGGACAGCAAUGUAAUGAAUGCCAACCAGGGUACUGGAACUUCCCUAACUGUCAACGUUGUAAUUGCAAUGGACACGCUGACCUUUGUGAUCCACGUACAGGAGAGUGUAUUGAUUGCCAAAGCAACACCGCUGGAUUUGAAUGUGAAAGAUGCAAGCGAGGUUACUAUGGGGAUCCCACAAGAGGCUCCGCAUUGCCAUGUCAGGCAUGUCUUUGUCCGGGAGGAGCUGGUAGCGGGAAUCAAUUUGCUGAGACUUGCCAACUAGACCAGGGAACUCAAACUGUUCAGUGUGAUUGUUUUGCUGGAUACACAGGUAUCCGCUGUGAUCAGUGUGAUAAUAACUACUUUGGAAACCCAACUGAACCCAGAGGUGUUUGUAACCUGUGUAACUGUAAUGGUAAUACUCUAUCUAGUACACCAGGCAACUGUGAUGCAAGGACUGGACGAUGUUUGAAAUGUCUUUAUAACACUGCUGGUUUCAACUGUGAAGAAUGUGCCCCAGGAUUCUAUGGGGAUGCAAUCCAACGAACAUGCAGAGAUUGCCAAUGUAACGUCCUUGGAACUGACCGUUCACAGUGUGACCUUGAUAAUAACUGUGGUGUUUGUGACCCUGUCUCUGGUCAAUGUCCAUGUCUACCUAAUGUACUUGGUCAACAGUGUGACCGCUGUGCUCAAGACCAUUGGAAGUUGGCCAGUGGUACCGGAUGUGAGGCAUGCAAUUGCUGUUCAUAUGGAGCUGUCUCAUCAAGAUGUGAUGAGUUCACUGGUCAGUGUGCCUGUAGGUCUGGCUUUGGUGGAAGGGAGUGCUGUGACUGUGAAGCUAACUUUUGGGGAGAUCCUAGGGAAGGAUGCUAUGAAUGUGACUGUGAUCCUCAAGGAUCUGCUACCAGCCAAUGUGAACGAGGUACAGGACAGUGUGUAUGUCUACCUGGUGUGACAGGAUAUAGAUGUGACCAGUGUGCCCGUGGUACUACUGGAGAAUUACCACGUUGUGAACCCUGUGGAGAGUGCUUUGAUGAGUGGGAUCGUAUCAUUCUUCUUCUUAGGAAUGAGACUUAUGAUUUGAUCGCACGUGCACAAAACAUCAAGGUAUCUGGAGUAUCUGGUGUCUAUGAUCGAGAGUUUAAUCGUCUUGAAGAUCUAGUAGAGUAUGCCGAAUCUUUGAUCCGAGGUGCUCCCUCUGUCACAGAAAAUGAUGUAGUUAACAUUCAGAGUGAACUGGAUGAUAUCAGAGAUACUCUUGAACGUUACCAUGAGGAAGUACUAGGGUUAGAAGAUAUGCAAAGGCGUACACGUGGCAACAUUGCUCGCGCUAACCGUGAACUUGACCUACUGGAAAGAGAAGCUGAUGAACUUAAAGCAGAUGCUGAGAAUUUACAGAGGGAAAGUUAUGAUUUUGGAACAGCAAAUGUAGAAGGUAUAUAUCUCAUUGAUAAG